AUGCGUUCUUCAAUCAUCCUCACUUCUCUGCUGGCGACUCUUGCAGUAGCCACCCCUGUUGAGAAGCGUUACUUGACCACUGAAGUCGAGAUCCACACUGUCUGGACCACAGUCACCAAGGCCGAAGCUGCUCCAACCGCUUUUUCGAAUGUGGAUGCCGAAGACAGCUACAACGACAAUGACCGCGGUCGUGGCCGUGGUCGUGGCCGAGGCCGUCACGGUAGCUCCCCAGCCGUAGACGAGCCAACCCCCGUGCUUUCAAGUUCUGAAGUCGUGGUUCCAACUUCAACACCCCAACCAGCUUCAUCUUCUAACAGAGAGGCACCAAUUCCAUCUGAUGAGCCUGCUCCGACCUCAGAACCUGCUCCAACUCCCGUCACUUCGGACUCCAACAAGGGUGUCAGCGCUUCUGCUCCAGCACCUUCCGCUCCAGCACCUUCUGCUCCAGCAGCUUCAUCGCCAGCUCCUGUUCCUGCUGUGGGUUCUUCCUAUGGUCAGAAGAUCUUGGAUCAGCACAACAUCCAUCGCGCAAACCACACUAAUACUGGUCCUCUGACUUGGUCUGAUAAGCUUGCUGCCACUGCCCUCAAGAUCGCCAACUCCUGCGUCUAUGCGCAUGACACUGCAACCGACAAGUCUCAGUACGGCCAAGGUUAUGGACAGAACAUUGGUGCUGGAUCUCCUCCGGAAGAUGUCCCGGCUAUGAUCACCAACGGCAUGUACAACGAUGAAGCUCCGGCAUACGAAGGACUAUAUGGUCAAGACGACCCAGACAUGAGCAACUUCCACGCAUGGGGCCAUUUCUCUCAGAUCGUCUGGAGGAACACCAAAGAAGUUGGUUGUGCAACUGUCAAAUGCAACAGCCUGCAGAACAUUGGUGGAAACAUUCGACCAUACUUCACCGUCUGCAACUAUUCUCCACCAGGAAACUUUGGUGGCGAGUACACCAACGUUGGCACACGUCUUGGUAAACCAACCGUCUCCAUCUAG